AUGGCCAUCAAGUGGGUGUAUCUUUGCACCGGCACAGCUGGGUUUUUUCUCUUUUGCAACUUGCCACUGCUCUUUAACAUCGGCUCAUGGGACCUGGAUCUCGACCUUCGGUGGGCUUCGCCAUGGAUCCAGGCCAUCCUCGCUCUGGUGAUUCUGAUCGUGAUCAUCGUGGUUGUAUUCUUACUAGUAGCUGCAGCCGCCAUCAUUCCAGUCCAUGUUGGAUGGGUGCUGAUUGCCGUGGUCCUAAUAUGGAACAACGAGCGGCGAACCUGGUCAAACAUCAGGACGGAUGAGAUCUUCAGCGUAGGUGAACCAGGCCAGCCUGAGCCAACAGCACGAUAUACCGACGAAGACGACGACAAUGACGACCCAGAUGCCUCAAGCAGCAAUGUCAAUGUCGAUGAGAGGGCGCCGCUCUACACGAACUUACAAUUUUCUGGCAUCACUGACAUAAGGCUGCUCGAGCUCGAACCGCACGGGGCUGAGGCUGAGGCUGGGCAUGGGGAUGGUGCUGGGAAUGGAGAUGGAAGCCCAGGACCCAGACUGAGGUUCCUGCUGAAAGUCUGGAACAUGAAUGACGCAAGACGGAAAUAUUCAGCUCUCUCAUACUGUUGGGGCGACGGUACUGAUUCCCAACCAAUUCACGUCAAUGGCACAACGGUGAACGUUCGCUUCAACCUGCAUCGUGGUUUGCGUCAACUCGUAUCGGAAGGGCACAAAUACAUCUGGGUCGACGAUCUCUGCAUCAAUCAAGCAGAUAAGGGAGAACAAGCGAAACAGAUCGUUCGCGUAGCGCCCAUCUUCCAGGAAGCCAAGAUUGUAAUAGCCUGGACGUGGACGACGAAGUCCCACCCGUCCGAAGAUGCGACGGCGUUGGCGGUGGAGGCAGUGGAACCGCAAGCGGAUGAUUCAGACGCGCCGGAACCGUCAAUGGAGGAGGUGAAACGAACUCAGUACUGGCACAGGAUGUGGCCUGUUCAAGAGUUUGCCGUAGCCAAGAACAUCCGAAUCCACGUUGGAACCUCCAAUAGACGGAAAAUCAGCGCGGACGAGCUCCAGAUCAAACUCCAGAAGGCAGUCAGUUCCUCGAACGACCACAACGCCUUUCCAUUCCUUCGCAACGCCAUUGACAUUCGCAAAAAAUACCAAAGUCUCCAAGACUCAAGUCUGCUGGAUCUCUUACUGCGCACCACGGCCAACAAGAGUGACUGGAGACUUGACCGCGUCUAUGGUCUCAUCUCGAUGGCCAGAGACGGUCGAGACUUCCUCACCGAACCCAGCUAUGAUAUGGGUGAGAAGGAGAUAGGCGAGGAGAAGCUGUCUAGGCAGAUGACCAGCUUCUACAUCGAGAGACGAAGCAGUCACCUCGAUAUCAUCUUGCUGGGACCCUGCUUCGCACAAAGCUCGCUCUCUGUUUCCAGGUCGCUCCGCUGGCCAUCUUGGUGUCCGAAUUACUGUCGCUUCGACAAAUUGCCGGACGACAGACGGUUGUUUGGCUAUGUCCGGGACCUGCUCGAUCGUGGCCGUAACAGGCAACCGCCUCCAAACAUCGACAGCGACGCCAAAAACCGGCCUCUAUUCUGGGCGACGAACGAGUCGGUAUGUCGAGCUAGAGUAGACGAGAGUUUGACGCUGCACACCGAAGCAAAGUUCCUGGGAACGGUUGCCAGUCUCGGCUGGAUACCAUCUGACGGUCCGGGAAGCAACUUUCCCAAGACCGAGUCCAUUGCAAAACCGACCAUUUCAGGGAUCGAGGUGGCCGCCGGCUUGUGGGACUUGCUCCAGACCCUGUCGCAGCGAGAUUCCUGGAGAGCUUAUCUGGACCGUAGCACGCCAGCAGCUGCGGAUCCUAUCCUGGACCACGACUACAGGACUUGCACAGCUGCAUUUCGAAAUUUCAUGCUGCUUGUGUUCCGUCACAAGACACUGCCCGAUCUUGAGAAUGGUCCUUAUGGAUGGUAUGCGCAGUGGUUGUGUCGCAACCAACAGUUCACUUUCGGCAGCCGAACGUUGCAUGAGCAUGCUGCUGACGUAGCGCCAUGGAGACUGCUCGGCCGCAAGAAGAACCUCUGGCGUUGGUCGGAACACAUGAAGGACAUGCUCGAUGCAACAACAAGGCACAGCGAAUUGUGGAGCUGGAAGCGAAUGCACCAACCGCUGUGGACCGUGGCACAGCAAGGCAUGCGUCUGACUGAGCUUGCAAUGCAAGACCGGUCGGUCUUGGGUCUGGCACAUCCGUCCUCUCGAGAAGGGGAUGCGGUUUGGCUGCUUGCCGGCUGUUCGGUUCCGGUCGUCCUACGCAAGCUUUCCAAUCUCGACAACGGUCCUGACAGGUACAAAGUAAUCGGAGACGCGAUCAUACCGGGAGCGAUGUUUGGUGACGCUUGGGCUGAUUUGCUGUGGGGCAAUAUUGGGAUCAUCUGA